AUGGAUGCUGAUCAGUUGAAGCAGCUGAUGGACCAUCAGAUGAAGAUGGUGGAGGAGAUGAUUAAGGGAAUGUCGACGGCGAAUGCCCAAAUGGUGGCCCUCGCCGUAACCAAAGCCACGGCCGCAGCGAACGUUCCAGCGCAAUCAUCUCAAGUUCCUCUGCCCUCACCGCUUGUGCUCGAGGGUGACAUGGAGGAGAACAUGGAUUUUUUCGAGAAAAGCUGGAACAAUUACGUAAAGGCAACACGGAUGGAUAAGUGGCCAACCACCGACAACCAGCAGAAGGUUAGUUUCCUGUUGUCGGUCAUCGGUGAGCAAGCGAGGAAGAAAUUCUUCAACUUCGAGCUCACGGCAGAUCAAAGCGCCACACCAGAAGACGCUUUGACCGCGAUUCGAGCCAAGGUAACUCCGAAGCGGAAUAUCAUCCUGGACCGGCUUGAGUUCUUUUCCGCGACACAAACGUCACGGGAAACAACGGACGAUUUUUUGACCCGACUCAAGACGCUGGCACAAAUGUCCAAGCUCGGUGAUCAAACCAACAGUCUUGUUACGUACAAACUUGUUACUGCCAACAAAUGGCCCCAGAUCCGCUCCAAGAUGUUGGCCAUCCCAGACAUAACCCUCGACAAAGCAGUGGACAUGUGCCGGGCGGAAGAGAUCACCGCAAGGCGCAGCCUGGAGUUGGCGAUGUUGCCGCCGGAAUCCGACGUAAAGAAGAUCGGCAGGAAGAAGGUCCAGUCCAAGGCGAAACAAUUUCGGUGCAAAUUCUGCGGUGACGCCCAUGAGUUCGUGAAAGGUGCUUGUCCGGCCUUCGGCAAAAAGUGCAAUCGUUGCAAGGGCCGCAACCAUUUCGAGAAGGUGUGCAAGCAGAAGUCCAAGCCAAGCCGAAAGAGCUCGAAGCGCGUGAAGGAGAUCAAGGAUGACAGCAGCGGGACGGAGGAGUACAGUUCUCACGACGACGCCUCAUCGGAGGACAGCGAGGAGGAAGAGUACGAGAUCGGAAAAAUUUUCGACGACUCCGACCGCGGAGGAAGUGUUUCGGCACGAGCUGGAAGUGAAGUUGAACAAAAAGUGGAAGAAAAUCAUAAACCAGUGUUGUUGCCAUCAAAGUUGCGACUGCAGAGCUUCGGUGGGAAUCCCAUCAAAGUUCUGGGUCAAGUGAAAGUGCCAAGCCGUCGAAAAGGACGCAAAUACAAAGUAGUGCUGCAAGUGGUUGAAGGAAGCCAUCGACCACUGCUCUCGGCCAAGGCCUCGAGGGUGCUGGGAUUCGUGCGUUUCUGCAAAGCCGUAACCUUCGGUGGUCCAAACCCGGCUUUCCCCCCUUCGGAUUUGCUUAACAUCUACCGCGUGGAAGCCCAAAGACUCGCAGACAGCCACAAAGACCUGUUCAACGGCUACGGCAAGUUCGACGGCGAGAUUUCGCUGGAGGUUGAUGACUUGGUAGCCCCGUCGAUCCAGCCGCCACGCCGAGUCCCCAUCGCAUUGCGCGGUAAGUUGAAGCACGAGUUGGAAGUCAUGGAGCGAGAUGGAAUCAUCACCAAGGAGUCGGCCCACACGGACUGGGUCAGCAACAUACUCAUCGUGCAGCGCGGUGAUCCAAACAAGCCGAGCGUUCGCGUGUGCCUGGACCCAGUGCCGUUGAACAAAGCUCUGAAGAGACCGCACUUGCAAGAGACCGUCACACUGGAUGAAAUCCUUCCGGAACUCGGAAAGGCCCGGGUUUUCUCGACGGUUGACGCCAAAAAAGGGUUUUGGCACAUCGUGUUGGACGAGAAGAGCAGCAAGCUAACGACAUUCUGGACGCCUUUUGGGCGCUAUCGCUGGAUACGCAUGCCCUUUGGCAUAGCACCGGCUCCGGAGAUAUUCCAAAUGAAACUUCAAGGAACAAUCCAGGGUCUGGACGGCGUCGAAUGUAUUGCGGACGACAUUCUCGUCUAUGGGACCGGAAACACGAUGGAGGAGGCACUCAUUAACCACAACGAACGCCUCAAGAAGCUCUUCCGCAGACUCGAGGAGCACCACGUUAAGCUUAACCGAGAAAAGCUGAAGCUGUGCCAAACGUCCGUUAAGUUCUACGGGCAUGUUUUAACCGACCAGGGACUGAAGCCGGACGAGAGCAAGAUUUCGACGAUUCGCAAGUACCCAACGCCGACCAACAGGAAGGAGGUCCACAGGUUCGUCGGGAUGGUGAACUAUCUCAGCAAAUUUAUUCUGAACCUCAGCGCGAAUCUCACCAACCUGCGAAAGCUUAUCGUCGAGUCACAACCCUGGAAGUGGACAAGCGCAGAAGCGGACGAGUUCGAUCGUGUGAAGUCGCUGGUUUCAGACAUCGGCACGCUCUCGUACUACGACGUGAGCCAGCCGAUCACCAUCGAAUGCGAUGCAAGUUGUUUCGGGCUGGGUGCUGCCGUUUACCAAAACAACGGUGUCAUCGCCUACGCGUCGCGCACGCUGACGGACACCGAACGGAAUUACGCGCAGAUUGAGAAGGAGCUGUUGGCUAUCCUGUUUGCUUGCAUCCGUUUCGACCAACUCAUCGUAGGCAACCCGCAAGCAACAGUGAAAACGGACCACAAGCCGCUGAUCACCAUCUUCAACAAGCCGUUGCUCUCCGCGCCGAAACGACUCCAGCACAUGCUGCUGAACCUGCAGCGUUACCGUCUCUCGAUUGUCUUUGUCACGGGCAAAGAAAAUGUAGUUGCUGAUGCACUGUCACGCGCCCCGGAACCAAAGGAUCGUUUGCAGUCGAUGCAGCAGGUGAUCGAAUUUGUGCAGCGUGGAUGGCCAGCAUCUGCCGACCGAGUCUCGGAAAACGUUAAAGUUUAUUACGGCUACCGCGAGGAACUUUCCACGCAGAACGGUCUUGUCUUCCGUGGUGACCGCAUCCUCGUCCCGCACAUUCUCCGUCGCAAGCUGGUGGACAGCUGUCACGUCAGCCAUAACGGCGUCGAAGCCACCCUCAAGCUUGCCCGUGCUAACCUCUUCUGGCCGGGAAUGAGCUCCCAGAUCAAAGAGGUCGUAGCACGCUGCAACGUGUGUGCCAAAUUCGCCGCUUCUCAGCAGAAUCCGCCCAUGAAGAGCCACAGCAUUCCGGUCCACCCGUUCCAGAUGAUAUCGAUGGACGUAUUCUUCGCGGAGUAUCAAGGACACAAGCGAAAUUUCCUGGUCACGGUGGAUCACUACUCCGACUUCUUCGAGGUCGACUUGCUGAAGGACCUUACGCCGCAAUCCGUCAUUGCGGCCUGUCAGCAAAACUUCGCGCGGCACGGCACACCCCAAAGAGUGCUGCGUACAAUGGUACCAACUUCGUCAACCGACAAGUGGUGA